AUGGCAUCGUCAAGUUUGACUAAAGUGUAUUCUCGCACGGUGAUCGCGGAGGAGGAGGAUGAAGGGUUGGAUGUGGCGGAGGUGGGGGAAGGAAUAGUGGAGGAGGGCCUUGAGUGGUGUUUGAUUUUUGCUGGAGUGUGGAAGCCGGUUCAUAAAGUGUCUAUAGAAAUGCUGGAAUCGAAUUUAUUCUUGUUCAAGUUUUAUCAUGAAAUGGAUAUGAAGAGGGUAGUGGAUGAUGGCCCGUGGACAUUUGAACAAAAUUUGUUGAUUACCAAGCGGUUGGUGAUUCUGAGUUUUCUCUAUGGGUAUGCAACGGAGAAGAUUGGGGAGAAUAUUGGUAAUUUUGUAGGUCGUUUUGUGGCCUGUGAUCUGAAUCCGGUCAAGGGAACAGGGACGAAAUCUUUUCGUAUUCGGGCGAGUUUGGAUAAUCCUGUUCCAAAGGAGUUCUUACCGUAUGGGACAUGCAUGAGGGUGGAAAAUAGAAAACCAAGGGUUAAUACUGGUGAUCAGUGGCUACGUCCGACGAGUCCUUCUAGGGUUACUUACGAAGAUGAUGAUGUUGAGGUGGAGGAUUUGAAUGGUAGGUUGGAGGAAAAUCUGGUCAUUACAAAUCACAAUAUAGAUUUGAAUUUGAAUACGAGUAAAGGAAGAAGGAAAGUGGGUCAGACUAGUGAUUCUAGCUCCCUGAUUGCGGGAAAGAAUCUAAAUUCAAAUUAUCUAACAGAUUUGAGUUUGGCUGGAAAGAUAUUAGGAGAGGGGGAUGAGUUGACUUUGGACUCUAAAAGGAAAAGACUUGAAGCUGGGCUUGCUGAGGGGUUUGGAGGUAUUGGGCCGGAUUUUCAGAAGGAAGCUAUGAUUAUCGACCCAAAAAUUGAUAGUGUGGGGCGUAGUGGUGGUUUGGUUUUGUUCUGGAAAGGGAGUUUUGAUGUUGAGAUUAUAAGCUCUUGUGCUAGUUUUAUUGAUGUGGUAGUGUCUAAUGGUGAAGGUGGUAGGUGGAGAUUGACGGGUUAUUAUGGUUUUCCUGAAAGACAUCGGCGAAGAGAUUCUUGGCAGCUUUUGAAAGAUCUUAGCAGCCAAUCUCAUCUUCCUUGGUGUAUUCUUGGGGAUUUCAAUGAUUUACUUUGUAGAGAUGAGAAGCGAGGAGGUCGUGGUCAGCCAAUGUGGAUGAUCAAUGGUUUUCGAGAGACAAUUCUAGAGUGUGGCUUGAUUGAUAUUGGUGCGAAAGGUCAUAAAUUUACGUGGGAGAGGGGUCGUGGUACUAAUGGGUGGAUUGAGGAACGGUUGGAUAGAGUUUUAUGUAACAAUGACUGGAAGGAGAUGUUUUCUUCAGCUGAAGUUUGCAAUUUGAGUGUAUCGACAUCAGACCAUAAACCUAUCUUAACUACCCUGGCGAGAAGGUUGAACUGUAGGAUGAAAAAGCGGUUCAAGAGUUGGGGUGGUUUGCCGGGUGACAGCCUUUCAGUGUGUAUCAGUAAGACCUCGAAGGCGUUAGAGAGUUGGAGUGGAAACAGGUUGCCUAAUUUUUCUAAGAUGAUUGAGGCGAAAAAAUUGCAAAUUGACAGGCUUCAGGGUAGACGAGAUGAGAAUAGCAUGAACAACUAUAUUCAAAGUACCGAGGAAUUGCAUAGUUUGUUGGAGGAGGAGGAGGAGGAAACCUAUUGGAGACAGCGCGCCAAAAGUUUUUGGAUGAAAGCAGGUGAUUCAAAUUCCAAAUUUUUUCAUUCAGCGGCUUCGGUAAGGAAACGCAGAAAUAGGUUGUUAAAGCUGAGAGAUGAUGAUGGUAACUGGAAACAUUCGGAGGAGGAGAUAAACGAUACUUUGAGGAAGUAUUUUGUCAAUUUAUUUGUUGGUAAUGGUAGUAAUCCGGAGUUGGUUGAGUUCGAUGUUGAUAAUACUGUUACUGAUGAUCAAAAUGAGAGUCUUGUGCAGCCUAUUACGGAAGAGGAAGUUCGGAGAGCGGCUUUUAGCAUGCAUAAUGAAAAGGCUCCGGGACCGGACGGUCUUAAUCCAGCUUUUUACAAGCGGUAUUGGAGCAUAGUAGGGGCUGAUGUAGUUUUGAUGUGCAUGAAGUUUAUGGAGACGGGAAAACUAGAAGUUGGCCUGAAUGAUACUUGUAUUACUUUAAUUCCUAAAAGUAAUGAUCCUGAAUUUGUAACAGAUUUGCGUCCCAUUUCGCUUUGUAAUGUUGCUUAUAAGAUCUUGUCAAAAGUGCUUGCAAACAGAAUGAAACACUUGAUGCCUUGUAUUAUUUCGGAUACCCAAAGUGCUUUCGUUGAAGGUAGGCUUAUAACGGAUAAUUUCUUAGUGGCCUAUGAGAUUGGGCAUUUUUUGAAAAGAAAGCGGAGAGGCAAGUUAGGCGUGGCGGCUUUAAAAAUAGAUAUGAGUAAGGCAUAUGAUCGCUUUGAGUGGGGUUUCGUGAGAAUUAUGUUGCUGAAAAUGGGGUUUACCAUUCGAUGGGUAGAUUUAUUGAUUGAGUGUGUUUCCACGGUUUGGUAUGUUGCAAUUGGUGAUAGUUUUAGUGGAGAUCCGAUAGUGCCUAUUAGAGGGCUUCGGCAGGGAGAUCCCUUAUCGCCAUAUCUCUUCACUGUUUGCGCUGAGGGGCUGAGUAGACUGUUAGCUAUGGAGGAGAGGAGGGGUCGAUUACAUGGUGUUUCAAUUUGUAGGGGAUCGCCCGCAGUGAGUCAUUUACUGUUCGCAGAUGAUUGUUAUUUCUUUUUUAGAGCCUCCAAUGAAGAAGCGGAGGUUAUUAAGUCUGUUCUUGGUUCCUAUGAGAGCAUGUCCGGGAAAAAAGUUAAUCUUCAUAAGACUAGUAUUCUGUUGAGUAGGAAUGUGGUGGAGGAGUUGAAGUGUGGUAUCUGUGAGGUUCUUGGAGUAGUGGAAGUUGAUAACCACGGGAAGUAUUUAGGUUUGCCAUCGCUAGUGGGGAGAAAUAAGCGGGAAAUUUUUAAUUUUAUUAAAGAUAAGGUGUGGCAUAGAGUGAAAGGGUGGAGUUCAAAGGCGUUGUCGAGAGGGGGUAAAGAGAUUUUACUAAAAACGGUGGCUCAAUCAAUCCCCAAUUAUGUUAUGAACGUUUUUCUUAUUCCGCUUGAUUUAUGUGGUGAAUUAGAACGGAUGAUGAACUCUUUUUGGUGGGGAAGAAAUAGAGAGGAGAAAAAAGGUAUUUGUUGGGCGAGUUGGGAUAGGCUUUGUAAGACUAAAAAGUUUGGAGGCAUGGGUUUUAAGAAAAUUCAUGACUUUAAUAUUGCCAUGUUGAGUAGGCAAGCUUGGAGACUUAUUAAUAAUGGUAAUUGCUUGAUGAGUAAAGUCUUCAAAGCGAAGUAUUUUCCUUAUUCUAGUUUCUUGCAAGCGAAGUUAGGAUCAAAUCCUAGCUACGUUUGGAGAAGUAUUUGGUCGACUCAAAAGGUGAUGGUUGAGGGUGUUCGAGUUUGUAUUGGAGAUGGUCAUAAUACCGAGGUUUGGAAAGAUCCAUGGAUUUUAAAUGAAGAGUCUGGUUAUUUAGAGACAAACGCUUUACCACACUUGGAAGGGUGCAAGGUUUGGCAACUCUUUCAGAGUGAUAAAAAGGCAUGGGAUGAAGAGAUUCUUGGGGAUUUGUUUUUUGUUUCUGAUCAGAUGAGCAUUAAGUCUAUUCCGCUGAGUGUUAGAGAUAGACAGGACAGCUGGGUGUGGAUUUUUGAUAAGAAGAAGCGGUUCUCAGUGAAGAGUGUUUAUAGACGGCUUCGAGGCGAAGUGGAAGCGGACUAUCCUGUUAGCAAUGAUUUUAACUGGAAUAUUUUAUGGAAUUUACAGGUUCCAUUACACGUUCGAAGUUUCAUUUGGAGAGUUGCGUCUGGUUUUCUGCCGACAGUAGAUGCUCUUGCAAGGAAGUGUGUAUUCGUUAAUAGCGUGUGCCAAGUUUGCUGUGGGUAUAAUGAAUCUGUUGAACAUCUUUUGUUUCAAUGUGAAUAUGCUGUCAAGUGUUGGAGUCUUGUGAAGAUUCAUGGUUUGGUAGGGAAAGAGCUGAGCAUUAAGGUGUGGUGCCGGAUGUGGCUGGAAGAUUUGAGAAAGGAGGAGAAAGAGUUGGUGGCGAUGGUUUGUUGGCGGAUUUGGCUUAAUAGAAAUAAUGUGGUAUGGGGUAAAGCUGGUUUAGAGACUGCAGAUUUAGUUAAUAUGGCAAGCCAACAGCUCUGUUCCUGGAAAAGAGCUCGUAAGGAAGUUGAUGACUGUGUGGAUGUCUUGGGCGAAAAUGGUGAUGGUCUUGUAGUGUGGAAAUGUCCGGCGGAGAGGUGUCUGAAAGCAAACGUAGAUGCUGCGAUUUUUUCAAGCUUAAACAGUGCAGCUAUAGGAGUAGUGGUUCGAGAUGAUAGGGGAGAUAUUAUCCGUGCUAGACAAGUAAAAUUUGUGGGUAAAUUCGAUCCAAGGACAGAUGAAUUGAUGGGGAUUAGGGAAGCUUUGAGUUGGCUUAAAGGGUGGGAAAAUGUCACGGUGGAGUCCGACGCGAUGGAUGUUAUUCUUGAUAUUCGAAAUCCGAGUAGAGUACCCGGAGAUCUACUAGUCGAGGAUUGUGUUUUUUUAGCAAAACAGUUACCUAAUGUUUCUUUUGUUUAUGUAAGGCGAUCUGCGAAUCAAGCGGCCCAUUUAUUGGCCCGGAAUGCUUGUUCCUUGUCAGGUUAUCGGGAUUGGUUUUCGAACUAUCCGAAAUUCUUACUUCUGUAA